CAGUGAACAAACAUUCAAAGUCCAAACCAGUUCAGUUAACAAGCCUGUCUCCACAGCUUUUUCUGUGUUUACAGCUCAUCAGUUCACAUGCAGAUUGAUUGUUCCUUAACUGUCUCUGCUUUGAGCAGCUGUUGGCUUAACUCCCUUGAUCUGGAGCCCAAUUUCUACAUACAACACCACCCUUCCUUCAGUCAGGUGGUGUGGAGAAUAUCUGCUCUUAUUUUCUCUCUAAGAGAGGGCCUGUUGUUGUCAAUGUUCUUAUGACCGGAGUAAAUCCACAUAGCAUGGAGCUAUCUCCUCCUCCCACAGGGUUAGAAGCUGAGAGUGCAGCCCUUUUCAGCGCCGGAUCUCUUCACUUCCUGCAUGAGCUGAUCUCCACGUUUAAUGAGGAGGUGGAGAAGAUCCUCCAGCUGAGAGUGUCCAGAAAGGCUCACCUAGAUCUCUCGGGUGAACUCCCAAAUUUCCUGGAAGGCACUGCACACAUAAGGGCAGACCCAAACUGGAGGGUGCUCCCAGUCCCUCCCAGGCUCCAAAAGAGGCAUGUGGACAUUGGAGACAUGGCCCCCUGUGAUACCGCACGCUUCAUCAGGGCUCUGCAAUCUCCAGCACAGGGCAUACAGGUUGACUUUGAUGAUGGAAAUUGCCCAACAUUCCACAACCAGAUCAAAGGGAUUCACAAUGUCAUUCUGGCAGUGAACAACCGACUCCCUGGGGCCCCACACAUCUCCCGGGCCCCGGUGCUGAUGUUGCGUCCCCGGGCCUGGAACAUGGUGGAGCACAACAUGAUGGUGGAGGGAAAGGAAGCUCCUGGUCCUCUGUUUGACUUUGGCCUGCUCAUGUAUCACUGUGGAAGGAUGCUGCUUGAACACCAGAGUGGACCAUUUUUCUACCUGUCAAAGGUGGAGGGCCUGGAGGAGGCCAGGCUGUGGAACAACAUCUUCAUCUGGACACAACAGAAGCUGGAUCUUCCACUGGGCUGCAUCAAAGCAACGGUGCUGAUAGAAAACGUGUUAGCAACAUUUGAAAUGGAGGAGAUUCUCUAUGAGCUGCGGGAACACUCAGCAGGGCUCAACUGUGGCAUCUGGGAUUACUCUGCUUCCUUCGUCAAUAAGUUUGGUCACCGUCAGGACUUCCUGCUACCUGACCGCAGCAAGUACGUGAACAUGGAGAAACGUUUUCUGCGGAGCUACAUGGACCUGCUGGUUCAGACGUGUCAUAGACGGGGAGCGCUGGCCACAGGAGGCAUGGCUGCUCCGUUGCUGCCUCAUCGCCAGCACACACACUCCUACAGCACAGUGCUGGCCUCUGUGGAAAGGCUGAAGUUAUUGGAAAUCAAGGCAGGUGUUGAUGGCUUCAUGGUGUAUGACAUGAAUUUGAUCAAACCCAUGCAAGAACUGUUUGAGCUUCACACUGAAGGUGACAACCAGCUCCACCGGCUCCGGGGCGAUGUCAGCGUGACUCCUGAGGACCUGCUGUCUAUGCCCUCUGGAGGAGUCACUCUUUAUGGGCUAAAGUAUAACAUUGCAGUGGGUAUCCUGUUUAUUAAUGCCUGGCUAUCAGGUAAAGGCCAUUUUUUCUACAGAGGCCAGGUGGAAGACUCAGCCACCGCAGAGAUUUCUAGAUCCCAGGUGUGGCAGUGGAUCCGACACCAGGCUCGGCUGGAGGAUGACAGCAGGGUGGUGAACAGGCAGCUUGUUACUGAACUCACCAAGGAGCUCAACAAUGAACUCAGCCGUCUGUGUAUCUCUGAAAAGAUGGAACAGAGGUUACACACAGCAGCAGACAUGUUCCUAGAGGUAGUUCUGAAAAGACAUUUCCCAGAGUUCAUCACGUCUUACCUGAACUUGGACCACACUUUUCUCACCUCCCAGAACCUGAGAGAGGAGGAAGAGAUGGAAAUAGGAAGGCCGCGAGCCAAACUGUGAGGGGCAGCCUGCAAAUCACAUACUACUGUCAACAACCUAAAAGUCAUGACAUGUAUGCAGCUGAUUCUGUGCAACGCAAUCUUUCCCUUACUAGUCCAGCUUAGGCAUUCAAAUUACCAGUCAGAAAAUGACUUCAUUUCCACAAUAUUGCGGUGCAAGACUCUUCACACAGCAAAACAACAUGAAGGGUUAAAUUAGCUAAAAGUGAAAGGUCUGUACAUUAAAAUGUGCAAUAUUUAAUCAAUGUUGGCAACCGAUUCUGAAUCGGUCUCAAAACUGUGAAUAGCAAACUAAUAUGUGAUCGUCUACAAGUUUAACUGUGAGCUAACAGCAGACUAAGUUCUAUCAAAACUGACCUUCAGAGAAUCAAUGCAUGACAUGAGAAAACAGAGGCUUGUAUGAUAAUAAAAUUAAUCCAGAAAUAAAAAGUUCUGGUUCUGCUAGAGGUUUCUUCCUGUUCAAGGGGAGUUUUUUUUCUCUCCACUGUCUCUAUAUGCAUGUUCAGUAUGAGGGAUUGCUGUAAAGACAAUGAUUUGAUGUAAUCUGCUGGGUUUUCUUAGAGAAAAAUGUUAAUAAUUUGAACAAUAAACUGAGCUUAAUCUGUUUGAGAUGGUAGUUGUUGUGAAUUGGUGCUACAGAAAUAAACCAAUUUUAUUUUCUUCACAA